CGACAGAGAAGGCAGGCAGAGCACUGCAGCUGUCGAGACCAAGUGUGGGGACGACCAAGGGGAGGAGACAGAGAGAGAGAGAGAGAGAGAGAGAGAGAGGGAGAGGGAGAGAGGCAGAAAGCAAGAGUGAGAGGGAGAGACAGAGUGUGAGAGAGAAGGGUGUUUUUUUUUUCCAAAGAACUGAGAUACUGAGCGAGCCGUACAGACAGAGAUGUAACUGCUCCAAGUGUCGCGUUGGAAUGCACUGGAAAACAAGGAUCUUUUACCAUCCCUCCCUUCAUCUCUCAAGCCAAAAACCCACUUCUUCUUCUGCACAAGGUCACCAAGUGUGAGGGAGCAACCAUGGGUCACACACUGUAGAUUGCUGAGACUCUGGAAAUCACCCUGAGAAGUGAAUGAUGAGAGAGAAAGGGAGUGGGGAGAUUAAAUGUGAGAAAGAAAUAGGCAAUGAUGGGAAAGGGCCAUGGAAAUAAAUAAGAACUGAAGAGGAAGAGUUGUAUGAAGGAGGGGGGAGGAUAGAAGUAGGGGAAGAAAAAAGGGGUGAGGAAGGUGGGAAAGCAAGGUGAAGAUCACCACUAACAACUGAAAUCGUAUGCUGCCGGGUCUCACCUGAUUCACAUUAAGAGAAUUCCUGCAGAGAGCAGCAGGGGGAUUCUUUAAAAAUAGCAGGAAUAGGAUUUUUAACAGUGGAUUCUUGGAGGCUUUUUUUUUCCCUAACCGAGGUCUCUAUACUGGAAUACUGCACCAGGAUUGAAUGAGUCACACUGGAUUGUUCAGCUCUUCAACAUCUAUAGAAGCCUAAGAGGAUAUUAAAGGGAUUGGAAUUUUUUGCCUAAUUCCCCCUACUUUUUCCUUGGACAACGACCUACAUCUGCCUCUUAUUGAUGUGCGUGUGUGGACUGGACUAGUGGAGGUUUCAGCAGAAAACACGCAACCCUCCCUCCUGCUGGUCAAACACAAGGAGAAACACCUGGGGAUAAUUCUGCACUAAACACUGUGAAAUACACACACAUAACACACACCCACACACACACGAAGCCGGAUAACAUGUGGAGCUGAUUUGGAUUAAAGAGCCACAGACGGACAAGGUCUGUGGAUAGCCAGGCGUUCUACCAUGCCUGUCCCCCCACCCCUCAAUCCCUGCAGACAGAAACACCUGCCCCACUCACACAGCUACCGCGAGCAACGGGCAGAAAGUUCUGCAAUUCCCUCCCUUUUCCCUCCAUUCAACCUCUCUCGUUCUCCUCUUCCCUCCUUCCUGAUCUCAUCCCUACCCUCCUCAUCCCAUCUCCUUCACUGCGCUUGCCCCAGGACUACAAAAAGAACAUUUCUUGGGUCUGUCCCUGUCCCGGCAUUCCACUGGCUAACUUUGGUCACAUGCUGCCUCCUGCCGUCUCUGAUUGGAGCAGGGGAGACUUGGGGCGUGGUCUCGACCUGUCCCUUCCACUGCGUCUGUCGCAACCUUUCAGAGUCACUUAGCACCCUCUGUGCCGACAAGGGCCUCCUGUUUGUCCCCCCACACAUUGACCGACGCACCGUGGAGCUGCGGCUGGCUGACAACUUCAUCACAGAAGUGGGCGGGAUUGACUUUGCUAACAUGACAGGCUUGGUUGAUCUGACUCUGUCCAGAAACACAAUCCACCUGAUUCGACCCAUGGCGUUUUCUGACCUGGAAAGUCUGCGCUCUCUGCACCUUGACGGAAAUCGUUUGACAACACUUGGGCCAAGGGACCUCUCAGGUUUGGUUAAUCUGCAACAUUUGAUCAUCAACAACAACCAGUUGAUAAAAGUCUCUGGCCAGGCCUUCGAUGACUUUCUGCUUACUCUCGAGGACCUGGACAUGUCAUACAACAACCUCAGGAGAGUACCAUGGGAGUCCAUCCAGAACAUGGCCAGUCUGCACACUUUGAACUUGGAUCAUAACCUCAUAGACCACAUAGCAGAAGGAGUCUUUGGAGAGCUGUAUAAGCUUGCCAGACUGGAUAUGACCUCCAACAGGCUUCGAACACUGCCUCCAGAUCCUUUCUUUGCAAGGUCACAAACUGGUGCUAUAAGUCCAACUCCCUACAACGCUGUGAUAAGUUUGAAUUUUGGAGGUAACCCACUACACUGCAACUGUGAGUUGGUUUGGUUACGGCGUCUCAUACGCAGUGACGACAUGGAGACUUGUGCCACACCUGCUCACCUGGCCGGAAGGUAUUUCUGGUCAAUUCCCGAAGAAGAAUUUACUUGUGAGCCGCCACUUAUCACCCGUCACACCCACAAGCUGUGGGUUCUGGAGGGUCAGCGAGCCACACUUAAGUGCAGAGCCAUUGGCGAUCCAGAGCCAGUAAUACACUGGGUUUCACCAGAUGACCGCAUUAUCGCAAACUCAUCCCGGACGAGCUCUUUCAGUAAUGGAACCUUGGAUAUCUUAGUAACAGUUGCCCGGGAUGAUGGAGCAUAUACAUGUAUUGCAAUAAACGCAGCGGGAGAAGCAACUGCAACCGUUGACCUGAAAAUAAUUCCACUGCCUCACCGAGGUGGAGGUGGAAAGACAGGGAAUACCAAUGUGAAUACAAAGAACAACAGAAAUGUGACCAAUGGGAUUUUACGGACUGAUCCCGGCUCCUCUGAUAUCAGUACAGGGAAAAGUGGAGGGAUUAAUAAUGCAGGACGUGGUGCAGAGGUAGAACAUGGGAGGCAAGGUGGAGCUGAGGAUGAAGACGCAAGCAGUGGCAGGGCCUCCGUAGGAGAUCGACCUGAUGGAGGGAGCAUGGAGGAUGAUGAUGAGGAUGAGGAUGAAGGAAAGAUGGUUGGAGUACAAGGAAUUACCUCGACCUCCGCUCAGGUCCGAUGGGAUUUAGGACGUUUGGCGACAAAUUACGUUGUCUGGAUGUAUCAAAUACAGUACAACUGUUCAGCGGAUGAGACCCUCAUCUACAGAAUUCUACCUUCGACCAGCGACCGUUUCCUGUUGAGAAAUUUGGUUUCUGGUGUGGACUACAACUUGUGCGUGCUGGCCAUUUUUGAUGAUGCAGUCACAUCUUUAGCAGCAACAAAGGUUCUGGGCUGUACAACGUUCUCCACCAAGGAUGUUUACCCACCAUGCCGUUCUCUUCAAGCCCAUUUUUUGGGCGGGACACUGACCAUCUUGGUCGGUGGUAUUGUUGUGGUAACUUUACUUGUGUUCACUGUGGCCCUUAUGGUUCGCCAUCGUGUUUGUAACCAUGGAGAUCACAUCAUUUGUCACAACGGCAACACUGAGGCAGGAGUCGGGGCCUACUGUCAAGGUGGAAAUGUAGGGGCUGGGGAUAAAGGAGGAAAUAACAGUGGGUGCUACCCAUCAAAUGGAAGUGGGGACAUGAUGAUGGUGGCCUUGCCCAAUGGUACGUCAUCAAAAGGAGGGGCGGAGAAGGACAAGGAAAAAGACAAGGAUACAGAAGCAGCUGACUCUGCUACAUCUAUGCCCCCAAAAUUCCCUCCUAAGCCCAGACCUAAGCCCAAAGUAAACCUGGAAAAGUUUCUGUCAGCUGGGGGGGUUGUUUCCACAACGACAGGGGCAGAAAUGGCGUUGGUGGUGAGGCAGAGGAAGCUGGAGAAGAUGUCAGCAUACACAACUGAAAGUGACAGAACUCCCCUUUACUAUUCACCUUCACCUCCAUCCACUCUCCCACGACAGUCACGCUCCAGGGAGCGUCCAACACCUCGUCUGGAGCGAGAACUGACCAAUCGUGCCAGCUUCUCUCUAGCUGCACCCCUGAGAGACUCAGAGCUGUUAGACUGGAGAUUAUUUCCCAGAGGCAGGGACAAAUGGAACUCCUCACAGGCCUAUCAGAGUCCCAUAUCUCCACUGAGUCCGGCCUUUGCUACUGUUAGUAAACGGCGCCAUUCACUGGACAUGGGCUCCUCCGUAGCGCUAGCAACUGAUGCCGCUGCAACAGUUGCCAAACGCUAUGGUGCCGUCAGCUAUGCCAAGAGAUUAAGUGUGAUUUGGACGAGGCGGAGCCAGUCACUUCAUGGAAUGUUGGUGCAAUGUGCUUCAACAACCAGCACGGCAUCUUCAACAACCAGUGAUGAGGCAGAAGGUGGUGGAAACUAUGGAGCACGCUGUGAGUUUCAGAGAGGUUACAUCCACUCGUAUAACACCACCAACUCCAACUCAAACACUGCCCUCACAAGUGCAAAGACAGGAAAUGUAAAGGACAAGGGGAAGGAGAGAGGAAAGGAGGGGCGGAAUGCUGAAGAAUUGGAGGAAAGUGUUGUGUAA